ACAAUCCCACUGCCUUUCAUGUGGAAGCAUAUAUAGGGCUCACCAUAUGGCACAAAAGGGAUUCAAAUGGACUCAUUCACACUUUUCAUAUGCCGUUACAUGCCUGAUACACAGUGCCCUUCAAAAGCAUGGUAACGGUAGAGUGAAAUGGGUUAUUUUUUGCCAUAUACUUAAAGCAUUUGGAUUUGAGAUCAAAAGAUGAAUGUGACAUAAAAGCAGAGAAUUUUUUGCUGGCCAAAUGAGGUUAAUAUUCUACCUUUAAUACGAGAGUUGAAUACAAGUUUACAAAAACAGUAAAUUGCAACUGAAAGAUUUUUGUUGUACAGGCUCAGUUUACUUAAAUCAGAGGCCAGGUGAGUGAGGAUGAGAAUGGAAUGUGGAUGAGGAUAGGAAUAAUAUAAGAUGUUUCAAUAGAUUGUGUUAAUAAAGAUUUACAGUACUUGUUAUGGUGAAGCCCUCUCUGUUCUACAGGAAGCAGUUUGAAGAAAGUACAAGACUCUGUGGCCUUUCCUCUCUUCGUUCACACCCCCCUCUCACACCCAUCAGCGCUCACUUAACCAAUAGGAAAACUGCUACACUCACCUGAAUUUACCAAUGGGAAAUUAUUUACCCCACUUGCAAUCAUUUGGUGCUAGACAGUUUUUCCCAACAGAAGUUUCUGUCAGUUUCAGAGGUCAUCAACAUUAACAAUAAGCAUCGCUGAACACACCCAUGUUCUGUGCUACAAAGUUCACUUUUACUCGACCUGGAACACAGGUUAUACAGAAACGACUCAAAUGUGUGAGUGGGAACAGUCAGGAGCUGUGUCAGUCAGACGAAAGAGGACCAAGACAGAAGGACUGACAUGGCAGCUGGUGGUGUGACCUCUCAUCAUGGAGAGGAGCACCGUCUCUCAGAGCUGAGGAUUGUGCUGCUGGGGGGGAGACGGAGUGGGAAGAGUUCAGCAGGAAACACCAUCCUGGGCAGAGAGGAGUUUGAGUCUGGAGUAAGAACUGCACAGUGUGUGAAGAGACAGGGUGAAGUAGGUGGGAGACAGGUCACUGUGGUCGACACACCAGGCUGGUGGGUGACAUAUUCUGUGAAGAACACUGCAGAGCUGGACAAACAGGAGAUUGUGCGCAGUGUGUCUCUGUGUCCCCCGGGACCCUGCGCUCUCUUCCUGGUCAUUAAUGUGAGCUCAGCUUUCGAAGAGGAACGCAGAAGAUCAGCGGUGGAACACCUGGAGCUUCUCAGUGAGAGAGUCUGGAGACACACUAUAGUGCUGUUCACCAGGGGAGACUGGCUGGGAGACACAACCAUUGAGCAGCACAUUGAGACUGAAGGGAGGGCCCUCCAAGAGCUCAUAGAGAAAUGUGGGAACAGGUAUCAUGUUCUCAACAAUGAGAACAGGGCUGAUGGGACUCAGGUCACGGAGCUGCUGGAGAAGAUAGGGGAGAUGAUGGCAGGGCAUGGAGGCUCUCACUAUGAAAUAGAUAGAAUGCUCUUACAGGAGGUGGAAAAGAAAAGGAGAGCAGUGGAAGCACAAGUGAAACAGAGGAUGAUGAAGGUUCAGAAACAGAGAAAGACUCUCAGAGCACUUUUUGAAGGGGAGGAGCACCGUCUCUCAGAGCUGAGGAUUGUGCUGUUGGGGGGGAGAUGGAGUGGGAAGAGUUCAGCAGGAAACACCAUCCUGGGCAGAGAGGAGUUUGAGUCUGGAGUAAGAACUGCACAGUGUGUGAAGAGACAGGGUGAAGUAGCUGGGAGGCAGGUCACUGUGGUCGACACACCAGGCUGGUGGAGCGAAUAUUCUGUGAAGGCCACUGCAGAGCUGGAUAAACUGGAGAUUGUGUGCAGUGUGUCUCUGUGUCCCCCGGGACCCUGCGCUCUCUUCCUGGUCAUUAAUGUGAGCUCAGCGUUCAGAGGUACAAGGAAGAAAUCAGUGGUGGAACACCUGGAGCUUCUCAGUGAGAGAGUCUGGAGACACACUAUAGUGCUGUUCACCAGGGGAGACUGGCUGGGAGACACAACCAUUGAGCAGCACAUUGAGACUGAAGGGAGGGCCCUCCAAGAGCUCAUAGAGAAAUGUGGGAACAGGUAUCAUGUUUUCAACAAUAAGAACAGGGCUGAUGGGACUCAGGUCACAGAGCUGCUGGAGAAGAUAGAGGAGAUGAUGGCAGGGCAUGGAGGCUCUCUCUAUGAAAUAGAUAGAAUGCUCUUACAGGAGGUAGAAGAGAAGAGGAGUGCAGUGGAAGAACGAGUGAAACAGAGGAUGAUGAAGGUUCAGAAUCAGAGAAAAACUCUCAGAACACUUUUUGAGGGUAAGUUUUGUUCAUUUAUAGAAUUUACUUUUAGUUGA